AUCUACCGCCAAUAGGGUAGCAUACUAUAUAAGCGGUCAAAGUAGCCACAUGAAGUUCGAGCCAUUCAACCCACUCUCUACCACUUCACACCCACAUCCGAUUAUUUGCCUCUUUAGCUAUGGAGAACCCAGUUACCGAUGUCGAAAAUGUCAUUAGAUCCUUGACUGAGCCUAACAAAGCGUCUACCAUGGGUAUGAAUGUCGAGAAAUACUUUACCGAGGAUGCGGUGUUAUAUCACCCCUUUUUCAGGGUCACAGGCCGAGGGGGCAUCAAGGGGAUCUACAAGACACUUCGAAUGGGAACAAUUGACCAGAAAAUUGAGUUUCACGCCGUGAUGUUCAACGAAGAUAAAACUCAAGUUACUGUCGAUUUAACUGAACACAUGAAUGCUCGAGGUGUUCCGCAACAAUCAGGACGUGUAGGACUUCGCUUGAUUGUCCGUUUACACCUUAUCCAUGACACUGAUGGAAAAUAUAGAGUUACUAAACAAGAGGACAACUUUUCAUCUGACUCAGCAGCGAUUGGCCUACCUGUUAUGCCAGGAUUGUCCUCCAUGGUAAGAGUGAUGAAAAUGCUCUCUGGGUUGUAUAUCGGCGGUUUAGGAAACUUUUUUCUUUCUAGAGGAUGGUUCGGUCAAUGAUGUUCUUCUUUUGAGAACUAGAUCUUGCUCUUGUCUUUGCUCUUGUUUUCACAUCAUUCGUUUACUUAUCUAGGUCGUGUAUCUGUUUAUAUUAUUUAAAGAGGGUUUUCCUUUUUUUGCAAUUACUGUCUUUUGAAACUGCUAGCUUGACUCAAUUUAUUGAUGAAUGAU